CGAGACUCAAACUCGAAGGUGCCCCUAAAAACAGUCACUUGCGCUUUUCACAUUCAGCUUCUGUGUUGUCUUGAGGGUGAGAAAUAUUGGAGGAGAAGUAAUUAUUUUGUCCAACGUUCUUUUGUCUUUUACAUUCUUGAACUAAGUAAUUAGUUACUUACACGGCUUGCGCUGUGUGGGUGGAUCUAACCAGCAAGCAACUACAACUACUCGUACGAGAACUAGGCAAAGAUUGAAAGAAGGAUUUGGCUGGAUCUACACUUCCGAAUAGUUUAGCGCCGCGCGGGCGCAGCUAGCUAUAAUCUAUCUCAUCGAUCAUCUGCAACAUUAUAUUUUUUUUGUUGCAAAAGGUCACCCAUAUUUGUACUCGAUCGAGUACUCGUAGUCUACUCUGUAGCUGUCUGGAACAACGGGCGUAUCGCGAUCUCGCACGCGUGCGAGCACUGUGUUCUCGUACAGAAAGCCUGAUAGUUCAACUGUCCUCGACUCGAUUGUUGUGUUUUCGGCAUUUGGAAAUAAUUGGAGCAGUUUUCAGGACACUCACAACGGAUUUGUAGCAUUAUUUGUUUCCUGGACUUGUUCAUUCCGGAGCGAAAGAGCUACUGCCCGAGUCACUGAAUCUGGCCGCUGAGAGUGCCAGUGUUUCCAAUAAUGGCUGAGAAGAAGGAGCAUCUGUACAAGGUUCUCGUCAUCGGAGACCUGGGCACCGGGAAGACGUCCAUCAUCAAGCGAUACGUCCAUCAGUUCUUCUCUGUUCAUUAUAGGGCAACCAUCGGUGUUGACUUUGCACUGAAAGUCAUCAAUUGGGACGCGGACACUUUAAUACGACUGCAGUUAUGGGACAUUGCAGGUCAGGAAAGAUUUGGUAAUAUGACCAGGGUAUAUUACAAGGAAGCUGUCGGGGCCUUCAUUGUCUUUGACGUAACGCGAACCUCAACGUUCGAAGCAGUGCAGAAAUGGAAGAAUGACCUUGACACGAAGGUGACACUUCCCAAUGGCAAGCCUGUUCCUUGUGUCUUGCUGGCGAACAAGUGCGACCAAGCAAAAGAGGGUUUAGUCAACAGCAGUGCUCAGAUGGACGACUACUGCAAAGAACGUGGCUUCGCUGGCUGGUUCGAGACCUCGGCCAAGGAAAACAUUAACAUUGAUGAGGCAGCCAAGUUCCUCGUUAGUUCGAUCUUGGAGAACGACCGUGCUAAUGACUGGGAGGGGAGUGGCACCAAUGAAGGUAUGCACCUGAAAGAUGAGCCGCAGCCAGAGCCGAAAUCUGGCUGCUGCAGCUGAUCAGCUGCGCCACCGUGCAAGGCCUGUCUUUCUUUUGCCGCUGUUUUUCUUACGACACCCUAGUCCUGUAGCUCGCAGGUAGUAAUCAUUCCUUGUAGCGCUUCCGGCACCGAUGGAGGCACACGCUUGUUUCGUCUUCCCCGCCACUCUGAUUUUUCAAUUUCCAUUCCCAGCCUCAAAGGGCUGUCUCGAAGACAGUGUUUGCAAGAUGUCCUUUGUUUUACCACGUGAAGACGUUUACAAAAAUUUCCUACGUAUUGGCUUUCAUAUCAUCUAAUGUGUCGACUUGCCAUUGACCGAGUUUGUGUACCUGGUGUGGAUCACUUCGUCAUCCUGUUGCUUCUCAGUCUUUCCCAUCGCCCAGUUUUUAGUUUAGCCCAUGUAUAAUUUGGAUGCAUUGCGUAUGUUCCCUUAUCGAAGAUUCGCACAGGCGCUGGCAGUCGUCUGUGUUCGCUAAAUAUAUCUAUUCUUUUUUUUGUUGUUGUUGUUGGACAGUGGGAUUGAUUUUAACUGCAUGCGAUUUUCUCCGCAUCCUGCCACAGCAUCAUUUCCAAAAGUAUCAGUAGAGGUGAAUCUAUUAUGUACCCGUCUCUGUCUACAUGAAAUACACGUGAUUUAUCAAAUGCCAGGUUUGCUAGUCUGGCUUUCUUUUUUUUCUUUCUUUUCCUUCUUCUUCUUCCGAUUGAAGUUAAUUUGCUUUAUGCUAUGGUGUGCUAUGGUGUCCAAUAGAACUUGUAGUAGCACGUGGA